UGGGUCCCUGUACGGCCUCCCAUUGCUGCUGUCUCCAUCGCCACACUCUGCCAUGUGCCACUUUCAGGUCUCCUCACACUGCUGGUGUGUUCCAUUUUUUGUCAUAGGGUGCUGGCAGAUUACGGGCCUCCCAUAGCUGCUGCCAGGCCCCUAAUCUGCCAUGGGCCCCUGUACCGCCUCCUCAUGCUGCUGCUGCCAAGGUCCAGAGUCUCUCAUGGGUCCCUGUACGGCCUCCCAUUGCUGCUGUCUCCAUCGCCACACUCUGCCAUGUGCCACUUUCAGGUCUCCUCACACACUGCUGGUGUGUUACAUUUUUUGUCAUAGGGUGCUG